AUGUUGCAGUCGGUUAUAAUUCGUGGCUCUCAGAAGCGGAAGUUUGGUUGUGUUUUUCUACUCUGUCUGCCACUGAGAGAAAUCAGAGGGGAGCGGUUUAUUACGUUUCAAACAUAAUCGACACAAGCAACUGGAUAAAAUAGCAGCAAGGAUUGUGAGCACAGUGCUGCUACUGGAAGUGGAGAGAAAGAGGUUGUAUUCAUCAAGUGGAAUUCAAAUUGCUGUUCAGAUUCACAAAGCCAGAAGGCUCCAUCAAGAGCCCCGUAACGAUGACAACCCUGGAUGACAAACUGAUGGGGGAGAAGCUGCAGUACUACUACAGCAGCAGUGAGGAUGAAGGUAGUGACAGAGAGGAGGAAGGGGCUGAAGGGAGGAAGACCAUCCACAAUCCUGAGGUUCUUGAGAUGGAUUACAGCCAGGAUGGGAGCGCUGUUAAUACUGGACCGAAAGGUGUCAUCAAUGACUGGCGUAAAUACAAACAGCUGGAGAACGAGCAGCGGCAGGAGCAGCGCUCGGAGAUGGAGCUGCUCAUCAAGAAGCUGUCUCUGACCUGCCGCUCACACCUGGACGACGAGCGUGAGAAGGACAAGGAGAAGGAGCUGCAAGAGAAAAUCAAUGGGAAGGUGACCCUGCAAGAAUACAACCAGCUUCAAGCAGAAAACGACAACGAGGACUUUCUGCAGCAAUACAGAAAACAGAGAAUCGACGAAAUGAGAAGGCAGUUGUACAGCGGGAAGAGAUUCGAGCAGGUCUUUGAACUGGGGAGCGCAGAAGAGUUCUUGGACACUGUAGACAAAGAGGUGAAAGGCACGCUGGUGAUGAUUCAUAUCUAUGAAGACGAUAUCCCUGCCUGCGAGUCAAUGGCGGGCUGUAUGAUAUGUCUAGCCGCCGAGUACCCUCUUGUUAAAUUUUGCCGUGUCAAAAGUUGUGUGAUUGGUGCCAGUGCCAGAUUCACUGGGAAUGCCUUGCCUGCUCUGCUGGUCUACAAGGAAGGAGAUCUGAUUGGCAAUUUUGUGCGUCUCACAGAUCAGCUUGGAGAAGACUUCUUUGCAGUAGAUCUGGAGGCGCUAUUGCAAGAGUACGGCCUUCUGCCAGAUAAACAUGCAGUGAUCCCAACCUCUAUCCGGAAUGCCUCUAUCAUGUGUCACACACACAGCGAUGAAGACAGCGAUCUGGAAAUUGAUUAGCUUAAAACGGAAAUUCAAGUCUGUGAUAUAAAGCAACAAAUAUAUGAUUAAUUAUGAUCCUAAACAUGUUUGCAGGAACAUAAAAUCUGUAAUAAUGAUGUGCUAACACCUCAAUCAAGAUGUGUUUAUUUAUUUCUCUCUUCUUUUCUGUUUGUAAGUCAUUCCCUCUUUAUCGACCUAGUGGUCUUGACCCCUGAGCUAAAGGUGUGUUUUCUUUGAAACGUUCAGCUUGUUGUUGAUAUAGCUAGUUUUAAAAUAUAAAAUGGAUUGCUCAUCAAAUAAAUUGGAUCCACAUAUGCUCCAAUUUGAGGGACUGUGAAAGCACAGUUUUAGAUAACAUUAUGUGUUCAAGAUUUCAGCCUUCCUCUCAAACAAAAGAGAAACCCUCACAUAGUUUGCUUACCUUGGGCUGCACAAAUGUAGGGUAUGUAGUUUGCAUAACUGGAAAGAUUGGUUAGCAUUGUUUUACAUGCAGGUUGUGUUUUUUGUUGUCAACCGAAAUCUGGCAGUGGGGGGAUUUCUGAUUAUUGAUCAUACUGAACGAUACAUCAGUGAUUGGGAAUCAAUUAUUUAAGGUUGGUUUAGCAACUGCAAAAUCACCCUGUGUGUCAUCUAGACCAUUAAUUCAGUGUAUUCGUACACAGGUAGAUUAUGAAAGAAAGUGCUAAAACAUCGAGUUAGCAGUUGCAGCAUCUCAUUAGAGACUUAUAAAGCAAUAAUCUAAUCCAGUCUCAAACUAUUGCAAUACCAAUAUUCUGCUGUUAAUAAAUACCCUGAACUGUUAAUGUAAAUGUUUAUUAACAAGGGAACUAACUUUUGAGUACUUAUAUGGUUUUGGAAAGUACAUUUUCAGCCUGUCUUACUGUGUAAUUAUGAGAAUAACUCAAAGAUAAUAACAUCUUGGUAUGAACCCAAUGCAUUAUGUAAGCAAAGCUACAAAUGCAAGCCUGUGGGGGCACAGUUCAAACCUCUUGGCUGUGCAAUCACAGUCCUCAUUGAGAGUUCCCCUGCAAAUGGUAAUAAUUGUUUUUUAAGAACUCUUUCAGUCCAUUGGUACUUAAACAGUACAGCAAUGGCCUGUUUGCAUGCCACUCCACUUCUAAUUAGAACUGGGAGGCUCUCGUAGUGGCCGUUGAUGUACAUGGCAUUGUGUUUGCUGAAGGUGCUCUUACAAUGCUGAGUGGAACUAUAGUAAAUGUAAAAACCAUCCAGAGGGACAGGUCCAGCCUCUUCACAAUCAGAUCAAUAAAAGAGCCUGUUUUUAAAAGCCCAAGUUGAUGCAUUCAACCACAGCUGCAUUAAGUGCAGAAUGGAAUUAACAAUGUGGUCUUGUGUGUGCUCCCAUGCUUGCAAUGCUAUUUCCUUAAAGGACUGCUAGUCAAGGUUUUAAAAUCCAUGUUCAAUGUGGGUAAUGCAGCUAUUUCAAGCAGCAUUCUGAAAAUGAGAAGUGGCUUGCUGGUGCCUAACCUGGACACAGCAGUUUAUCUGCUGUAUAGUAUUGUAUUUGCAUAGCCUGAAUUAACGUACAAAACUAAUGAAAAACCAAAAUCGUCUAUUGUAGUCCCAUUGUUAACAGCCUUCCUUCUUGGUUUUGUGUUCCACAUGUGUAAUGUUUUGCUGUCUACACUGAUUGCUUCCCUCCCCUGCCACCUCAACAGUUCAUACGCAGCACUGAUAAUUGGGAAUCCUCAACUAACCAGUCGUUUCUAGUUCAGCAAGCGAUUGGCAAUGACGAUAACCCAUUCCUUUUUCUAAUGUCAUUUUAAAUUCCGUGCUGGGAUUUUAAAACUGUUGUUUUCCUUUCAGCUUUUACACAAGGCAGAAUGACAUUCCUGUUACGAUUUUGAUAAAAUAAUCCUUUUGUUUAAUGACAGAAAUGACAUAAACCACAAGCCAGAAUUUUUUUGUUUUCUUACAAUAGACACCUAUUGUGCUGUAGAUAUACUGAGCAAAGAAUGCAUGUUUUAGAAAAGGUUGCUAGUUGUAGAAAAUAGGUUGUCAACCUCAGUAGAGAGCUUUACUGUAACCUUGCAUGCUGUUGAGAUACAUUUAAGAGAAUACAGGAUGUACCUGAAUAGCAUAAAGUAAAAUAAAAAUAACAUUCUAGCUCCUGUUUCACCCUAGUGUAUUGUAGGUUUAUGACUAUCCAGUCUAGUGUAUACGCAUGGCAUCCCUCUUGCAUAUAAGAGUAUGUUUUUAACCAACACAGAACUACCCCAAGCAAGGAUAUGCAAGACAUUUGAUUUCUCCUGUAAUGUAGCAUUACACCCUUGUCUGUUUUUAUAGCUACACUGUACAAUGUUGAGUCUGAAUGAUGUGUUUAUUACAAGGUGCAUCUUGAUGUCAUGUGAUUGCAUUUGUUUUCUUCUUUGUGAUAAAAUGGAGGCUCUUGUGUACUUUACUGUACGUCUGAACUAACAUUUUAAACACCUUCAUGUGAAUGCUUGUUACAGUACAAAUGGUAAUGACCAGUUAUUUAGCUUAUUUAUGUACUCCUGUCAAUGUUGUAUGAAGGGACAAGCAGUUCUUAGUUUUAUACCUUUUGUACAUUUUAAUGAUUCCUACUAAAUUGUGAGAACUAAAAUGAAAUAAAGCACAAAUAGAACCUC